UAGCUGCGCUCUCUUCAGCCGGUAGUCUUCGAUACUGGCAGUGAUACGCUCCCGCCCGCUUCACAGCCCACCCUGGCUGCGUCCGGGAGAGGGUCUCUCAGAGAAGAUUCCAGAGAGUUUCGUGAGAGUCCCGCGCCAUCCGUACGGUGAGGGAACGCAGCGUUCGGCGGCCCUCGGCACUGCGGGGCGUACCUGCCGCUGUGAAACCGGAAGUGUCCCUGGAAGCGUCGCUUCCGGAAGUGUGGCAUACCCCCCACCACCACACCAGGAAGUGUGGUGCCGCCGCGGCUCCUGGAAGUGUUGCUCUCCACCCAGUUGGGAUGCGGGGUUGAAACAGGUGUCAGUGUAUCGCCGUUUGCGAAGGCUCAUCGGAACGUCACCCUUCCGAAAGUGCCGGAGGGUGCAAGUAUUUGAUCAUGGUUUUGAAUGCCGUGUCCUGUCGGAAACCGUAGGGGAAACAGCGCUAGGAGCGUUGCCAGGGGGCCUGGCUCCCUAAAGGCUUUUAAGAAGUUUUCUGUUGCUGCCCAUCACCCCCGAUUCCCCUUCUUCCCAGGGAUGUGCAGAUGGAGUCCGGAGAAGGUAGUACUGUCCCAGACCCCGGGGGCGUGGAGGACUUGGUGGACACGCAGUUCCCCGUUGAGGAGGCUGGAGACAGUGAAGGGGUUCACUCGAGCACGCCGGAUCCCGGAGAUGGGGACCCGGAGGACACAGGAUCCAAGGCCGAGGACCAGCCAGCCAGCCUCCUACCACCUUUGCCUCAGGCUGAGGCCCCAUCAAGCACUUGUGAGCCCUGGAAAACUGCAGCUUCCGACGACAAUCCCCCUGGAGAACCUGAGGGUAGCUCUGAGGACCAGGGAGAAGACCCCGGUGAUGGGAACCCCAGUGAUGGGGACCCCAGUGAUGAGGACUGGCGCAGCCAAAGGAAGCACGUGUUUGUGCUGAGCGAGGCAGGCAAGCCCAUCUACUCACGGUAUGGUAGUGUGGAGGCCCUGUCUGCCACCAUGGGUGUGAUGACGGCCCUCGUGUCCUUCGUACAGAGUGCAGGAGAUGCCAUCCGAGCCAUCUACGCUGAGGACCACAAGCUGGUGUUCCUGCAGCAGGGCCCACUCCUGCUGGUGGCUGUGUCCCGGACUCCACAAUCAGCAGCGCAGUUACGGGGCGAGCUGCUGGCGGUGCACGCACAGAUUGUGAGCACACUCACGCGUGCAAGCGUGGCCCGCAUCUUCGCACAUAAGCAGAACUAUGACCUCCGUCGUCUGCUGGCUGGCUCAGAGCGCACACUGGACCGGCUCCUGGACAGUGUGGAGCAAGACCCUGGUGCCCUGCUCCUGGGUGCUGUGCGCUGUGUGCCUCUGGCCCGUCCACUGCGGGAUGCCCUGGGUACACUUCUGCGGCGCUGUACAGCCCCGGGCCUGGCCCUGUCAGUGCUGGCUGUUGGCGGUCGACUGAUAACAGCAGCUCAGGAGAGGAAUGUGCUGGCAGAGUGCCGGCUGGACCCAGCUGAUCUGCAACUGCUGCUUGACUGGGUGGGUGCACCAGCCUUUGCAGCAGGUGAGGCAUGGGCACCUGUCUGCCUGCCUCGCUUCAACCCAGAUGGUUUCUUCUAUGCCUAUGUGGCCCGCCUGGAUUCCAUGCCUGUCUGCCUGCUACUGCUUGGUACCAACCGGGAAGCCUUCCAUGCCAUGGCUGCCUGUCGGCGCAUGGUUGAAGAUGGAAUGCACCACCUUGGUGCCCUGCGUACCCUUGGGGAGGCUGCCAGCUUCUCUAACGGACCUGCAGCCAGUGCCCCUGCCUACAGUGUGCAGGCUGUGGGAGCACCUGGCCUCCGGCAUUUCCUCUAUAAACCACUGGACAUCCCUGACCAACACCGCCAGCUACCACAGUUUACCAGUCCUGAGCUAGAGGCCCCGUACAGCCACGGGGAGGAGCGACAGCGACUGUCUGACCUGUAUCACCGCCUGCAUGCUCGCCUCCACAGCACCUCCCGGCCCUUGCGCCUCAUUUACCACGUGGCUGAGAAGGAGACGCUGCUGGCCUGGGUGACCUCCAAAUUUGAGCUCUACACUUGCCUCAGCCCCCUGGUGACCAAGGCAGGUGCCAUCUUAGUGGUGACGAAGCUCCUGCGCUGGGUGAGGAAGGAAGAGGACCGGCUUUUCAUCCGUUACCCCCCCAAGUACUCCACACCGCCCUCCACCUCAGUGGACCAGGCCCCCAACAAUGGCUUGUUCUCUGGACUCUGACUGACUGCUGGAGUCACCACUUUUGGCUUCUAAAUUCUGUCUCUGGAUAUGUGGGAAGAAGUCUGUGUGGGGCUGGUCCUGGGCAGGUGGGCAAGAUCUCAGGGUUUGCCCGUAACUGGGAGAAGGGGCACAGCAGCUAGGGGCACAGAUUGCUCUGUGAGCCCCCUUAUGCACCUCCACAUCUAGGAAAGUCAAAAACCUCCUUUGCCCUCUGCUUCACCCUCUUAACUAACCUGAAUGCCACCGCACCCUUUACCAGCUGCCCCCCUCCCCCUCCCCAGCUUCUUCUAAGCAGCACAGGUAGCUCCAUGUCUAUCUUCCAAGCCGACCUGAGACUGGGCUGAGGCUUCCUCAGGGUAGGGGUGAGUAACCCACAAGGGCUCAAGAAUUUGCAAUACAGGACUAGUCUUGAAACCAGCCUAAAGCUGUUUAAAGAAAACUACAGAAAGGGUCUAAAGUUGAAUCCCACAAGACAUUCCUCUGUCCUUCAUGCCUUUUUCUCCAUUU